GCGAUGUGAUGUUUUCGCCCUUUGGAAUGCCAGUCUGUUUUAUUUACCCCCUCCAUUUUCCUAUUAAAGACGGCCUUGGUUCUCUGUGUCUCGCUUUCUUUGUGAGCAAGAGCGGGAAUUCCUUUUGAGAAGGUCCUUGUUAUACAUAAGAGAGAGAGGAAAUGGGGGGCGGAGUGUUGGAGAGCUUUCAACCCAUAUUUGGAAAAGUAGAAGGUGUUACAGAGAGCGACAUGCCGCUUCAUUCCUUCAUAUUUUUGGUGUACGCAGCUGAUGGCACUCGCCUGAGAAUACAGGUCUCUGAUUUCCAAACCAGCAACACAUGGGAGACUAUUCAAACCAUCCAUCAGCUCGAGGACCUGAGGGAUGAUGUUGGAGUUGGUGGUUCAUUGAAUGAAUUUGUUGACUAUAUUGUGACAUCUUUAUCAUCGAGCAAUGUCAAGCUUGUAUUAGGAAGCCCGAUGAAAUCGGAUGGUCGUUAUGAUGCGUCAUUUGCCAAGCUGACAGCCCAGAAGGCUAAAGGAAUGCCUCGGAUAUCCUUUUCUCUUGCAAAGCUUGUGGAGACUUCAGCUAGUGAUGUUAUGCGCAACAUUUCUUUCGAACUAUUUGAAGUUUAUAAAAGAAAAAGUGAUGCGGUUGUCAAAGAGCAAGGACGCUGUUGUCAUUUGACAUCUUUAUUAUGUGCUGAACAGGCUAAAAGCCAGAAGCUUCAAAGUGACCUUGAUGCCAUCCUUCCUUCUAGCAAACGGAAAAUACCCAAGUUAACCCCCACGGAGCUGUCCAGAGAGCUGAAAUCUGUUACUCCAAAAAAUUUACUUGGUAAUCUUGAUACAAAAUCUAUUCAACCAAGUCAAGAUGCUGUUGAUUUGAAAUGUGGUUCAUUUACUCAAAUCGCGCCAGGGACAGCACAACCUCAACAUUCUGCACCUUCCAAAACAAGGAAGAAGGUUAUCCCACAACACAGGCGAGGCUUAAUCUUGGUGGAUGAUGAUGAAGGAAACUAACAAUUGCAGGCAAAAUUGCUUCUUUGAUGAAAGCAUGACUGCCUAUUAAAAAGACCUUGUUCAAAAGACAUGAGGUCUCUCAGUUACAAAAAUACAUUCUUCUCAGGACAUGAAAUGAUUAACCCUCAGGAUUGUCUAAUGUCACUGUAAGUUUUGUGCUGCUCAAUCUCACAUAGAAUCAUGGAACAUUAAUGGGCUAACAUUGGACAUUCUCUACACCUUGAUUUUUUGUAAAUGUAUUGAUGUUGAAUUUCGAUUCACUGUGGCACAACCACAUGUAUGGGCGGAUGCUUCCUCAUCCAUUUUAUGGUCAGGAAAAGAAUGAUUUCUGAA